AUGGGCAACACGCCCACGGCCAGGAAGGGUAGCGAGAUGGAAAGCGUCAAAGAAUUUCUUGCAAAAGCCAAAGAGGAUUUCCUCAAGAAGUGGGAGAACCCUGCACAGAACACAGCGUGCUUGGAGCAGUUUGAGCGGUUGAAAACACUGGGCACCGGCUCGUUUGGUCGCGUGAUGCUGGUACGGCACCGGGAAACUGGUCAACAUUACGCCAUGAAGAUUCUCAACAAGCAGAAGGUGGUGAAGCUCAAGCAGAUUGAGCACACACUGAAUGAGAAGAGGAUCCUACAGGCGGUUAGCUUUCCCUUCCUCGUCCGGCUUGAGUACUCCUUUAAGGACAACACUAACCUCUACAUGGUGAUGGAGUAUGUCCCGGGAGGAGAGAUGUUCUCGCAUUUGCGGCGAAUCGGCCGAUUUAGUGAGCCUCACGCACGGUUCUAUGCGGCUCAAAUUGUUUUGACCUUUGAAUACUUACACGCUUUGGACCUCAUAUACAGAGACCUGAAACCCGAAAACCUACUCAUCGAUCAACAGGGCUACAUCCAGGUCACAGACUUUGGCUUUGCUAAGCGUGUAAAGGGUCGGACAUGGACCUUGUGUGGUACUCCUGAGUAUUUGGCGCCAGAGAUUAUUCUGAGCAAGGGAUAUAACAAAGCUGUGGACUGGUGGGCGCUCGGGGUCUUGGUUUAUGAAAUGGCCGCUGGGUACCCUCCUUUCUUCGCUGACCAGCCAAUUCAGAUAUAUGAAAAGAUUGUAUCUGGAAAGGUGCGUUUCCCCUCCCAUUUUAGUUCAGACCUUAAGGAUUUACUGAGGAACCUGCUACAGGUGGAUCUCACAAAACGUUAUGGAAACCUGAAAAAUGGCGUGAAUGACAUUAAAGGACACAAAUGGUUUGCGACCACUGACUGGAUCGCCAUCUACCAGAAAAAGGUUGAAGCUCCCUUUGUUCCCAAGUUUAAAGGACCCGGCGACACCAGCAACUUUGAUGACUAUGAAGAGGAGGAGAUCCGAGUGUCCUUCACAGAGAAAUGUGGCACGGAGUUUGCCGAGUUCUAA